AUGUCUAAGUGGGAGCCAGUCACGUUUCAGGAAUCUCUUAGCUUUGUCAGGAAAGUAAAGGCACGUGACUAUAUGCUAUACCUAUCACUGCUCGAUGUGCUCAACCAGAAUGAUCAAAUCCCUCUGCAAGCUUACAGCGAGCUUUCACUUCUGUUCCAGCAUCACGAAGAUCUGUUAGCGGAGCUGUCCAAGUUCAGGCCCCUCCCAUGUCCAAACAACAUCUAUACCCACGGGUCGAUUUGGAUGAUCAUAUUCCUCAUGCCCUUUCUUCUCCUGAGCCUUGUCCUCGCCUUGAGAAGCCAUUGA